GGACCGCUUGACGUCAUGACGCAGGCGGCGUGUGAACGUGCAGCGAUGGCGGAGCCUCGUGUGUCGGCGUUCUCCGUGUACCGGACCCUGGGGGAUGAGAAGGCCAGUCCCGGCCAGGCCAAUGGAAUUUUAGCAACAAGGCAUGAACAAAAAAAGUAUUUGAAUUUGUCCAGGAGGCGCAGGUUAAUCAAGAAAAAGCGUAAAUAUUUGAAAGAUAAAAUUAUCCCAACAGCUGGCACUCUUGCAGUUGCAGUUGUGAAUGAAUCAACAUUAUUGCAAAAAGACAUGGACUGCACUGAGAAAAAACCUACAGGCCGCAGUGCUAAAAGAAAAAUAAACAGUAAAAGGAUGAAUAAAAUUAAAAGGAUGACGCCAAAGUCUAGGAAAGCUGCUGCAUCCUUCAAUAAUGAUCUGUCAGACCAUUCGCAAAGAAAGAGUACAGCAGCUUCCAGGAUAGAGAUAUCCGGACAACCAUCCAAGAGCAAAGAUGCAAGACCCUGGACAGGACCAACAUUAUCAGUACUUCUGCGGGAUCUACGUCACAUACAAAACAGCAAGGAAAGAGCGGUUAAACUCUUUGAUUGGUUAAUAGCACCAGUUGCUUCAAAAAAGUUUUUCAGUGACAUUUGGGAGAAGACCCCAGCUUUGAUCAGGCGACACAAUGUGAACUACUACAAAGGAUUGUUUUCUUCAGAAGAUUUUGAUAGAAUACUGAGAGAGGACAUUGUUACUUUUGGAGUAAACCUGGAUGUAACAAGUUAUUUUGAUGGGGAAAAGGAAACCCAUACUCCUAAUGGCAGGGCACUACCAGUGGUGGUAUGGGACUUUUAUAAGAGUGGAUGUUCUUUGCGCCUGCUGAAUCCUCAGGUCUUUUCUGGAACCAUUUGGAACAUUCUGUCUAUUCUUCAGGAGGCUUUUGGGAGCAUGGUUGGGGCUAAUAUUUAUCUGACUCCUCCUGGGAACCAGGGAUUCGCACCACACUAUGACGAUAUUGAAGCAUUUGUGAUUCAACUGGAAGGCUCAAAGUCCUGGCGUGUCUAUGAUCCAAGAUCAGCUGAAGAAAUUCUUCCUAGUCUUCCAAGCCGUAACUUUAAUCAGCAGGAGUUGGGCGUUCCUAUUAUGGAAGCCCUACUUGAAGCUGGGGACCUGCUUUAUUUUCCAAGAGGCUUUAUCCACCAAGCACAUUGUUCAUCAGAAUCACAUUCGCUCCACAUCACCAUUUCAACUUACCAGAAUAACUCUUGGGGAGAUAUGCUACGCAAACUUUUUCCAACUGCUUUGGACCUGGCAAUAGAAGAUGAUGUAGAAUUCCGUGAAGGCUUGCCUCUUGAUUACUUGGAGUACAUGGGAGUCCAGAAUUCUGAAAGGGAAGAUGACCCACGGAGGGAAACCUUUACUAAGAAGGUUUACAGUCUAAUGAAAAAGUUAUUCAAAUAUGCACCAAUCGAUGUAGCUGUUGAUCAGAAAGCCAAAGAUUUUAUUCAUGAUUGCCUACCUCCUGUACUUACGAAAGAGGAAGUGGCAUGCACUGUGUACAGUUCACCAAUUCGAUGGAAAAAUGGUGGACCACACAACGCUGUCCUGCAGUUACGAGGAAGUACCCGGAUUCGAAUGCUUCGUAGUAAUAUUGCAAGGUUAUGUGGUGAGAAUGGGAGCAUUUUACUCUAUUAUACAAUUGAAAAUUCCAGAGAAUACCACAAAGAGGAAAGUAAAUGCAUAGAAAUAGAUCCCGAGCUCGCUGAUGGGGUAGAGCUAUUGCUUUGCUCAUAUCCACAAUAUAUAAAGGUUGAUAGUCUUCCAGCUGGAAAUCUUGAUGACAAGAUCUCCUUAGCUGUCGCCUUGUAUGAAAAAGGUCUGCUGAUGACUGAAUAUCCACUCCUACCCAAGAGAGAUUGAUCUGGGAGCUGGGCAUUUUAAAGGACUGUUGCAUCCAGUUAUACACUUAUUUCAUAUUUGCAUAGUUGUUCAUUGUACAAAAUAUUUAAGAUUUGAUUUAAAUAUGAUUUUGUUUCCAGUUUGACUGGUAUUGUCUUUUUUUAUGUAGUUAUAGUUAUUUAAAUUCAAAAUGAAGCAAGAUCACACCACUAUUGAAAAAUGCGCUAUUGACUAGAAUAGAUGUGGUAUGUGGCUCUACCCCAUUGUUAUUGGAGAAGCCUUGGUAUUUUACAGUGCUUUCUAUGUAUAUGUAAUGCAGAACCAUAAGUGAAUAAGAAAUGUGCACAGUAUGCUGAUGAGUAUUGAAUUAUGAUUUUGUGCUGCUGCCACAAGGGGCAGGCAGAAUACUCUGAAAAACUAUUAAAACAAAUUAUGUAACCCACCAUUUUUGGAUUCCUAAUUAUGUGAUGGGUAGAAGUUAGAAUUGUGAAGUGAAUGCCAUAAAUUACUUCCAUGUAUUUGAAAAGAAAACCUAAGUAAGGCCAAAGAGAAGUGAGCCAAAUUGGGAAACACUUCCAUAGGCUGAAUGACCUCCUUCUCCGCUGUACUAUUUGAUUAAACAGAUAUCAGGUAAAAAAGGGGGAGGCUGUUAACAUUCACUGCUAUAUCAGGGUAGGUUUGACUGCAGCCACUAGUGCCUACAUGUGCACUUUAAACAUGGAUAUCCAGAAGUUGCUCUCAGACCCACCCUGCUGCAACAUAGGCUGCAGAAUUGUAAUGUUCACUGACAGCUGCAAUUGAAACAGAAUCAGUGUGGUGUAUUUACCGAGUAUUACUGUGUUAAACAUGCCUGACCAGGUUCAUGCUGAUGUAGGCUUAAGUAAUAGAUUUUUAAAAGACACAAAAGAUUAUUACUUUGAGCAGCUGUUGUUGCUGUGAAAAAUUAAUGCUGUGUCUCAGUUCAUCAAGAAAAUAAAUGCUGUUGAUUUUUUUUAAUUAAAGGUUUAUUUAAGUA